CCACAACAUUCGAUCCUUUCAGCUGACGACAGCGCGAUUGCAAACGCUCGCACGUUGCAUUAAUUCAUAAAUUACAUAAAGUAAUUUUUUACAUUUUAAGAGAAAUGUCUGCAAACGUACUGAUUAUUGGCGGCGGCGGCAGGGAACAUGCGAUCGCCUGGUGUAUAUCGCGCAGUGAAAAGGUCAAGAAUAUUUACGCCGCCCCCGGGAGCUUUGCCAUUGCGCAAUUGCCGAAAACCGAAAAUGUGCCAUUGGAUAUCAAAAACUUUGAAGAAGUUGCAAAAUGGUGCAUAAAUAACAAGAUCACCGUGGUGGCAGUUGGUCCCGAAGAUCUCGCGAAUGGUAUAGCUAAUGUCCUAAGCAAAAAUGGAAUCAUGUUUUGGUCCGGAAAAGACGCGGCUAAAAUCGAAUCCGAUAAGGACUGGUCGAAGGCCUUUAUGGAUCGCCACAAUAUUCCUACAGCCAGAUGGAAAGCUUUCACAAAUGCAAAAGAAGCGAAAGAUUUCAUAAACAGUGCACCAUUCCCCGCGUUGGGUAAAGCCAGUGGCUUGGCGGCGGGCAAAGGUGUCGUUGUUGCCGCCGACAAGAAAGAAGCCUGCGAUGCUGUGGACUUCAUUCUCACAGAUAAAAAGUUUGGAGUUGCUGGGGAAGUUGUCGUUGUCGAAGAACUCCUUCAAGGUGAAGAGGUUUCGGUUCUUGCUUUUACGGACGGAAAGACUAUCAAAGCGAUGCUACCCGCUCAAGAUCACAAACGCAUUUUUAAUAACGAUCAAGGACCGAACACGGGCGGAAUGGGCGCGUACUGUCCAUGUCCGCUCUUGAACCAAGACCAAUUGAAAUACGUACAGGAGGUCGUGCUGCAACGCACCAUGGAUGCUUCAAAGGAGAAUUUAAAAUUCGUCGGGGUGUUGUACGCGGGGUUGAUGUUAACCCCGGAUGGACCGAAAGUACUAGAGUUUAAUUGCCGCUUUGGUGACCCCGAAACGGAAGUGAUACUACCCUUGUUGGAGAGUGAUUUCUUUGAAGUGAUGCACUCAUGUUGUACUGGUAAAUUAUCGGCGGUUGAUCUUCGCUGGAAGCAGAAUGUCUCCGCUGUUGGUGUGGUGAUGGCUUCACGAGGGUACCCUGAGAGUUCAUCUAAGGGUCAGGUCAUCAGUGGGAUUGAGCAGGUGGAUACAAUGAAAGAUCAUGGUUUUCAUUGUGGUACUGCUAUUAAAGACGGUAAGGUGGUGACUAAUGGUGGAAGGGUUUUGAUUGCGGUUGCAAUGGCCCCUCAACUUACAAUGGCCGCGGCAAAGGCAACUACGGCUUGUUCAAUCAUUCGAUUCGACGGCGAACAGCACCGCACUGAUAUUGCACACAAAGGUAUCGCCAAGGCCAUCCUCAGCAGUGGUAAACUAACAUACAAAGCGUCCGGUGUAGACAUCACGGCUGGAAAUGAGUUGGUGGAUCAUAUUAAACCGUGUGCUAAGUCUACGAAUCGGGCUGGCGUCAUGGGAGGUUUGGGCGGAUUCGGAGGUCUCUUUGAUACGAAAUUAGCGGGUUAUAAGGAUCCAUUGCUUGUAUCUGGUACUGAUGGAGUUGGUACUAAAUUAAAGAUUGCCCAGGAAAUGGGCAUUCACGAUACAAUCGGCAUUGAUCUUGUAGCGAUGUGCGUUAAUGAUGUACUCGCCCAUGGUGCUGAACCUUUAUUCUUCCUUGAUUAUUACGCAUGCGGGUCUCUGGAUGUCCAAGUUGCUAAGCAAGUGGUCACCGGCGUUGCCGAAGGUUGCCGCCAGGCUGGCUGUGCGCUUGUUGGUGGCGAAACCGCUGAAAUGCCUGAUAUGUACCCGCCAGGUGACUACGACGUCGCCGGAUUUGCAGUUGGCGCAGUGGAGCGCACCAAUCUAAUGCCGCACAUCGACAAGAACUCCGGGGACACAGUCAUUGCACUACCGUCGUCGGGCGUGCAUAGUAAUGGAUUCAGCUUAGUCAGAAAGAUUAUGAAAGUCGCUGGUGUGAACUACAAAGACAAAGCGCCUUUCAGUGCAACUGGUAAAUCUUUCGGGGAGGAACUACUCACACCCACACAGAUCUACAUCAAAGCAGUGGUACCCGCGGUGCGUACAGGUAAAGUUAAGGCAUUCGCACAUAUUACGGGUGGUGGUCUCACCGAGAACAUUCCACGUGUCCUUACACCUCAAUUGGGAGUUCGACUUGAUGCACUGAAAUGGAAGAUACCUGCCGUAUUCCCAUGGUUGGCGACUGCUGGAGGUGUUAAUCAGGAUGAAUUACUCCGCACUUUCAACUGCGGGAUUGGCGGUAUUCUCAUCGUGAACAAAUCCGAUGAGGCCGAAUUCCUCACCAUGCUGAAACAUCAUGGUGCGACUGUUAUCGGCAGCGUGUUUGCACGUCCUGCGGGUACACCCGACGUCAUCGUGGACAACUUUGGGGAUGCUUGGGAACCACUAAUGAAGCAACAUGUCCCGCACGUAGUAAAAAUGCAUUCUGGAAGCAAGAAACGCGUUGGCGUAUUAAUUUCCGGAAGUGGUACCAAUCUGCAGGCACUGAUCGAUGCUACACAAGAUCCGGCGCAGCACAUGGGAGCAGAAAUAGCGCUGGUUAUUUCGAACAAAGAUGGCGUUGAAGGUUUACAACGAGCACAACGCGCUGGAAUCCCGACAAAGGUUAUCAGCUUAAAGAAUUACGGAUCAAGGGAGGAGUGCGAUAUGGCAAUGCAGGCGGCGUUAAUGAACGCCCAAGUGGACUUUAUAUGCCUGGCUGGAUUUAUGCGUGUCCUCACUGAGAAAUUUACGAAUUUGUGGCACGGUAAGAUGAUCAAUGUUCACCCCGCGUUGCUGCCUUUUAAGGGAACACACGGAGCCAAACAAGCCCUUGAAGCGGGAGUGAGAGUUACCGGAUGCACUGUGCAUUUCGUCGAGGCGGAUAUCGAUUCAGGCGCGAUUAUUGUGCAAGAAGCAGUGCCGAUCUUGGUGGGUGACACAGAGGAGACAUUGCAGGAUCGUCUGCGUCCAGCUGAACAUCGCGCCUUCACGAACGCACUGCGUUUACUCGCUACUGGUAAAGCGCGGCUUGGCUCCGACAACAAGAUCCAAUGGUCCUGAAUGUCCAACUAUUUACAUUUUGAAGUAGGCUUCUAACAAACUGAAUAAAUUUUUGUGUUCUUGUUGA